AUGAAGACGUUGACGUGCAUAGCACUGUUAACGUGCUUGCUCGCUGCAUUCAGUUCAGCGUUACCUUACCCAAGUGAAGUAGCCGUUGAAACCGAAAAAGAACAUGCUCCGUUGAUAGCUGUUGCUGAUGGUUCGAAAGAUGAAACAUUGGAAGGUGCUGAGACAGCACAUCGCUGGGGAGGCCGAGGAGGUGGUCGAGGUUGGGGAGGAGGUGGAGGUCGUGGAGGAGGCUGGGGAGGCGGCGGAGGUUGGGGCGGCGGAGGCGGUGGUGGCUGGGGAGGUGGCGGCGGCGGAGGUGGUGGUGGCGGCUGGGGAGGCGGCGGCGGAGGAGGCUGGGGAGGUGGAUUUGGUUCCAGCCAUGGACGUUGA